AUGAAGACCGCAGGUGUUGAAAAGGCACCUCUUCCACGGCUGCCCCGCCUAUCUGCCCAUUCACCAUCCACAGCCUCAGCGCGCUGGCAGGCUAUUGUCAAUCGAGACAGCACCGUGCACACCUUUGUCUACGGCGUUCGCACGACUCGUAUCUACUGUCGACCAUCCUGUCCUGCACGGCUGGCCCGUCGAGCCAACGUCGAGUUCUACGAUUCUCCCAUACAGGCUGAGGCGGCUGGCUACAGACCGUGUAAACGGUGCUGUCCGCAACUCCAUGUGCGCGUUGACCCACACAUUAUGUCUGUGCAGAAGGCGUGUGAGACGAUUUCCUCCACGUGCGACUCAGGGGAGAAGCUGACGCUCUGCAAACUGGCAGCGGAGGCUAAGCUUUCUCCUAGUCACUUUCACCGCGUGUUCAAGAAGUAUGUUGGCGUCACUCCUGGUCAGUACGCGAUGAAUAUCCACAAAAGAUAUACUCGAGUCGAGAAGGAGCCGCCAGGGACUGAAAUGAUGAGUAAUGACCACGGCAGGGUUCGUCCAUUAGAGAAUAAUGGCGAAGGGAUUGAUCUUGUUCAUAACGUGGGCCACGGGACGGAUGUGACCCUCGAUAAUGAGAUAGAUUGGAACAUGUUUGACUUUGAUUCCAUCAUGAGUGCGGAGGACUCCAGAUUAGGAUGGGACUUCCUAAACGGAUCACGGCAGGAGCUAGAUAUAUUCGAGUUUUUAGAAGACUCGAUGUAUCAGACAUGA